GCUGUGGAAGAAAAUGUUCGAGUUCAGUAAAAUAAAAUUUCUGUUAAAGAUAAAUACCUAAUUGCAAAGACAAUAAUUCUGUGGUAACGGUAUAUAUUUAAUAUUAUUAAGUUAAACCAUGGGUGCAAUAAGCCGCUGGUUAGAUGUAGAAGUUGGAACAGCAGAUAUAAAUAUCAACACAUUGCCAUCAAAUAUAGCCUUGGUGGACCUUAAUAACGAUAAUGAAGUUAAACUUGUUGUUGGCGACAUGGGGAAAGAACAAGGCCCUCAAUUAAGGAUAUUCAAAGGUGCAAUGCAGAUAUCAGACUUUGUUCUACCCGACUUGCCUCUAGGAGUAGUCAGCUUCUAUGCAAGUGAAACCAUGCCCAAGGCACCACCUUUAAUAGCAAUUGCGUUUGACUCUUGCAUCCAUAUCUAUAGGCAUUUGAAGUUUUUCUACAAGUACCAAUUACCAACUGUUGAUAUCAAUGAAAAUGAGAUGGAAAUUUGGAAACAGCUCAAGGAUCCUGUAAAUCACAAUGAAACAUCUUUAUUGGGUCUUUCAAAAAGCCUCUACUCUUUAUCACAUAAUUUGUGCAGUCAAUCUAAGAACUUCUUGCAAAUGACCAUAGAUGAAAAACUAGAGUUUGUAGAAACAGCAGAUCCACCAAAGAAAAUAUUAAUACAUAUAUCUUGUAUCACAACUUUGAAGAUGAAUUCCAUGGACAAGUAUUCCGUGAGUUGUCUUGUGAUUGGGACUGAAGAAGGAGAUGUAGUUAUAUUGGAUCCCCAUACAUUUACACAAUUAAUGAAGGUGAAUAUAAACACAGUGAAGGCAGUACCAUAUCAAAUUAUUGCAACUGGACUAUACAAUGUCGAUUACAGAAUAACUGUAGCUACGAGGGAAAAAUCCGUAUGUUUAUUAAAGAGAGAUUGGGAGGAAGGUCGGCAGUUGUUCAGGACGGACGAUCACAUUGUGGCCAUUGAAGUUAUGACGUUUGAUCAUAGCGUUAUGGUUAUAUGUUGUGAUAAGACUCUCGCCUGUUUUAGUAAGAAGGGUAGGAAGCAAUGGUGGUUGAGUCUGGAACACAGGCCAGUGGCAAUGUGCCAAGUGCCGGUACUCCACCUCGGAGUCACGCUGGUAGCUGUGGCAUUGGCUUCUGGCCACCUGCAUCUGUUUGACGGCAGGGUGAAACGGGACGCCAUGUUUGUUAGAGAUAUAGCAUCCGUAAUUAAGUUUGGACAAUUGGGUCAAGAGGACCACGUUUUCACGAUAGUCACUGCUAGUGGCAAUCUUAUGUUAAAAAUUUUAAAACGUACAGCUGAUUUCAAUGAGCAUGCGGCGGGUGUCGAACCGACGGCCGUUGCAACCGUUGGACAAAAACCUUGGCUCAUACCGAAGAAAUCGAAACUGUUUCUAGAACAAUCGAUGCGAGAGAGGGAAAAUGCUGCAGCGAUGCAUCAAACAUUCCAACAUGAGUUAGACAGUCUGAGACUGACAGCUGCUAAGACGCUUCUAGAAGUGUACGCCAAAAGCGAUAACGCGAUGGGAAUUGGCGCUUUGGAGCCUGUGAGGUUAUCUGCUGAGGUACAAGGACUCGGCCCAGUGUUUCGUAUGACGCUGAUUAUAGAGAACACAUCCAAGGAUAAGGCGGUCGUCGGUCUGUCUGUGCUCUUUCACACACAAGGAACAAGCUAUAAAGUCAAUAACCCUUAUAUAAAGAUCCCACUUCUGACGCCGGGGAGUCGACUAAAAUUCCCAACUAGAGUGGAAGAAAUAUUCAGUGAGAAUAUAAAUCCAGAUGUGUUCUUCCGAACAGUAACGGGUCAAGCCGAGGGGUCCUUGGUGAAAAUACUCCUUCUGAAAGAGGGGAAAUCGAACCCGAUACUGGCGGCGACGGUGCAAAUGCCUCCCACUGAUCCGAUGAUGGUGCCUUUUGAGAAAAUACAAGCUACAUCAGAUUUUAAUGAUAUUGCAGAUUGACGUGGGGCUUUGGUGGUUAUUGAGAAAUUAAGUUUUUUUUUUUCAUAGUAUGCAAUUUUGUGUGAUGAAUUCGUGAAAAAUUGUAUGGACUUAUACGUCAUAGCUGUUGUCUUAAGAAAUAAAUGCAUAUUAAACAUAUA